GUAUAUUUGUUGCAGGGUUUUUGUCUGGAUAACAUUUCUGUUGAUUGUUGCUUUAUACUGUGCAAUGUGCAAUCUUGUGAAAAUGUUGCGGAUGAUUAGGCUAAAAAAGUCUCUUUUGAUAAGAUUGAAUUAUGCAUAGCGGACAUAUUAAGCUUCUUUUUACAGAGUCAACAACUCAACAAUAGAAGAAACACAACAAAAAUUCAUCUACACCUCUUGGUAUUUUUCUUCUCGUAUUCAAUUCCUUCGUUCGUGUCAUCGCCGAUCACCACAAAACCCUAAUUCACACCUUCAAAUUCAAAUCUCAAUCUUUACUUCGACAUAAACUGUAAUUUCAGCUUUUGUUCUUAAUUAAUCACUGCCACCAAGCAACAUCAAAUUCAAACAGCUGUACUCUGUUUUUAUCUAACACCUGCCAAUUCACACCCAAAGCUUAAAAGGAAUGGGUUCUAUUCUGAGUUCACAUAAUACUCAGAUGACCAAAGAAGAAAUGGAAAGUGCUUUGAAUAAAGCUAAGGAGAUCGCUGCCUCUUCCCCCGUCUUUGUUUUCAGUAAGACUUACUGUGGUUACUGCAACCGGGUCAAGGCUCUACUCAAACAGCUAGGAGCAACCUACAAGGUCCUUGAAUUGGAUACAGAGAGUGAUGGGGGUGAGAUUCAAGCAGCUUUAGCUGACUGGACAGGGCAAAGGACAGUACCUAACGUGUUUAUUGGAGGCAAACACAUUGGUGGUUGUGACUCUGUUUUGGAGAAACACCGUGCAGGUCAAUUGGUUCCUCUUCUCAAUGAUGCUGGAGCUAUUGCCAAUAACACUGCUCAGUUCUGAAUAGCCACAGUAUUUCUCGCACAAAAAUAUUUGUGGCAUUACUUUGUAUGAAUAUACUAGUAGUAAACCGCACAACAAACACGUGUAAUAAUGCACUUUAAUUACUAGUACUAGUAUGUUUGUGGAGAUAAAUCAAAUUGUUUGAAUGCUUAUUGAAUGACAAAAAAUAAUUAUAAUUAUAAUUAUAAUUA